CUGCCGGCGUAAUGUUCCAUGACCCACUACUGUCGUUGAGUUCGCUGCCGCUGUACAAUACCUCAGAGUUGGGAAAUCGGAACAAGGUGCCCCUAGGCAAAGCUCAGGCGUCUGUUCUGAUGGGAACGUCGAAGAAAACUGCGUCGAACUUGGCCCUUGAUCCAUCUGGUGUAUCUGGAAUGUCGAGCGAGUCAUGAUGUCUCAGACGUAGUCCUCGCGGAACAGCUCGUCUGGAUCGUCGAUGUGGUCUCAUGAGCAAGGAACACACAUACUGUAUGUGGACUACCAUCCGAGGGUGAUGACUGCUCAAGCACUUCUGGAUUCACUCCAGGUGCGGCUAACAUGGGUUUCUACGUCGAACAGACUAACCACUUCUGCCCCAAUGGCUAUGCCUGGCUGACGACUUAGUCAACUCGGCUGACAACUCAGCCGACUUGGCAAACGGUUUUGGCAACACAGCCGAUGAUUGUGCUGACUCAGCUGACGAUAGUCGAUUUAGGAGACGACUCGGCCAAACUGAAUGACUACUCUUCCGACUUCGCUGGCGCUCUAUCCUACCCCACUGACGAUAGCAUCGGCAUGGAUGACGGGCAGGUCUACCUGGCUGACGAUGAUAUUAAGCUAGCCGGUGCGAGCACCAACCUGGCGGAUGUUGGAGCACACCAAGGUAGUUAGUCAUGGAUGGUGAGCUCAAGACUGCGACAAUUGAGAACGCUGUUUCAGCGUCUGGAGAAAAACCGAGUG